AUGUCGUUUUUUGGAUUUGACCCGACAAAGCCACCUCAGGGUGCUAAAGACGAUGAAGUGUAUGAUUUUGAAAACACCUAUGAUGGAUUGGGCGAACUAGAGGAAGAUGAUGCAUUCAACACAGAGACUUUUGGAACCAGUGUUGCAGAAAUUAGGAAAGAUUUUGAUUUUGGCCAUGAUCAGCCUAAACAGAGUGCCCACCUUAAUGUUUUAUCAGUCCCAUCUCAAACUCAAAGCUAUGCUCAAGCAGCACAGGCCGCACCAGUCAAUGAUGAUGAGUUUAUGCAAGAGCUCUGGGGUACUUCAAAUGCUCCUACCAAGGUCGAGAGUGAAACCCAAAACCAUGGAGCUUCUGCGGGUCAACCAGAGAAGAAGAUAUUAUCAUUGGAAGAAAUUGAAGCUCAAUUAACUGCGAUUGACCAAUCACAGCAACAACAAUCUGGACUUCCACCACAAGGCUUUAAUCAACCAGGGCUGUUUCCGCCUCAAGGUUACGGAAUUCCAGGCAUGAUUCCCCCUCCAAAUCAAUUCAAUAGCUAUAUGUUCGGUGGGUACAUGCCACCUCAAUACGGCUUUUCCGGUAGGGCACCUCCUCAACAAUUACCACCAUUACAAGGAUUACCUCCACAUAUUCAGCAACAAUACCAGCAACAACCACAACUGCACCCUCAGGUACAGCCUCCACAAGGGUUGCAAAACCAACCUCAACUUCCGACUCAAGUGAAUGUACAGGACCAACCACAGGCACAGGCACAGGCACAGGCACAGGCACAGGUACCUGUACCUUCUCGCGAAGAAAGAGGCAUCGAUCCACCAGUGGUACAGCAAAGACCACAGAAAGUAGACUUGUCCCAAUUUCCUGUCUUAGGGAAGGAAGCGUUGCAACAACAUCACCAUGCUCACCAACAACAAGUUUCGUUGCAUCAGCAACAGCAGCAGCAACAACAAUCGCAAUUGAAACCUCAAAGGCAGUACAACCAACAGCCAAAUCAUCAGCAAUUGCAGGAUCUUACUCCAGAACAACAAGCCAAAGCGGCCAAGAGACUUGAAAAAGUGUCGAGGAUUAUGAAGUAUUCUGGAAUCAUGAACCCGAGGGAUAAGGACUUUGUCACUAGAUUUCAAUUGUCGCAUAUCGUAACUGAAGAUCCUUAUAAUGAGGAUUUCUAUGCCCAAGUAUACAAAGUCAUCCAUCCUAAAGUUGUCAAUGGUGUUCCUCAGCCAGCACUUGGUCAACAAAACAACUCAAUUGCUCAAGCUUAUUUGGAUCACAGUGGUCAUAGGUUAGGUGGACGAUUUAAGAGAGCUGAUGUUGCGUUACAAAGGAUGCAGCAACAAGUGCAAAAGGCUGUUCAUGUUGCAAAGGGAAGACCAAAGUUUAAUCAAUAUGCGAAAGAGGGUGCUUUGGGAAAGAUUUCAUUUGCUAGUGGAAAGAAACCUAGACAACAAUUGGAAAUCAUUAGUAAAGCUGCUGAAAGAGAAAAGAACGAAGUUGCAACUGAUGAUUUUAAGAAGGAAGAUAUCAAGAGGUAUUCACGUAAAGAUAUUUUUGCCAUCUUGGAAAAUAUUAUUUCAGAAUUGAUGAAUGUAGAAAGUGAAUCCAGAGUGUCCCCAAGUGUUGAUACAACAAAAUUGUGGGAAUCUAUGAAAGUUCUUGAGCAAGCAUCAUCGUCAGGUGAUGAUGAAGCUGAAGUAAAUCCAUUCAUCCAAUGUUUGAAUUACAACAAGAUGUUGAAGAUAUUGGUUCGUCUAUUCAAAUUUUUGAACCGUGAACAAAUCUUAACAAUCACCACCUUGAUCAUGUCCAAUUUGGAGAAUUUAUCAGUAGUAAAAUAUGGAUCUUAUACAACGUACCCUGACAAGAAAGUCCCAGAAAAAGUCUUGAAACUUGUUGAUGCAUAUUCAAUGACGUUUUCUAAGAUCCUAAUUAAUGCGGUACUGGAGUUUAAGUUUAACGAGAUUAUUGGAUUGUUGGUCAUUUUGAUUGAACAUAAUAACGUAUCAUUUGUAUCAACUACAAAGAUAGGUCUCACCAUUCUCACGACGUUAUUAUCGCGUGCCGAGUUGAUCAUCGGAGAAGGUCAAAUUUCAGCAACUGACUUGUCAGAAUGGACUUCUUGUUAUGAUGAAUUAUUUACGGCAUUGGAAUCAAGAAUUGCUGCUAUUUUUCCACCUCAUCCGGUCGAUGUUGAUGAUGGAUCAUCAAAAGAAAAUUAUAUUUGGCAAUUUUUGGCCACUUUAUCAUUGGGCGGUAAAUUAAGUCAUCAAAGAAUUAUAGUUGACGAAGUUCGAGAUGAAAUUUUCGGUGCCAUGAAUAGAGCAAAAGCAAUUGACAAUCAAGACUUGGCCAAUUUAUACAAAAAGCAAAAUUUAUUAAACAAUUUGAACAUGUUCCUUGUUGUUAUGGGAUUAGUUGCUGAUGAAAAUGAUAUAAAGGAACUAUAG